UGAUACAGCCCAGGAUACAACUGCCUUUCUAGGCUGCAAAAUUUGAAUUUCAUUUCAAGUGAUGCAAGAUGAUGCUAAACCAAGUCCUGUAUCUCAGUUCAAUGAAAGAGAGAAGAGCAUCUUUCAACAACAUUCGUUUGCAAAGGGCUAACAUGCUCUUGUCUCAGCAAGAAAUUUUCAAGUCAAAAUCUUCUGGAGUGUUAUAGUGCAGAAAGGCACCUUUCCAACACGUGUGUUCGUAGAAGGAUCUAUUUAUUUAUAAUUAUUAUUAAUUAAAGAACAAGAAAGGUUUGAAAGCUUCUGUAAUCUGUCUCAGUAUCUCAUUAUAAAUGCAGAGGGCAACCUAUCUGAUGCAACAGAACAACCCAUUGCACUGUCUCAGACAGCUUAUUAUCUGUCCUCUGGCCAUUGCCUAUUUCUGACAGAGUAUGAAAUAACAGAGAGUAUGAAACACAAGCAAAAAGUCUCUACGUUAACUGACAUACACAUUCUCUUGACUUGUAUGUCCUGAGUUUGACAAUAAAGAUGUUAGCCUUCUAUUCAUCACCUGUCAUACUGCUUGCAGGUUGAACUUGUGUAUGAGUUCUAAUAUUUCUUCACAUACCUCUGUAAAGCACAAUGGAAGCUAAGAUCCCUGUAGGAAAAGCUGUUCUUUUAGCUAGUUUAUUGUUGCAACUUUAUUUUUUUAAUAGCUUGAUGGUGGAUUUUUCUGUUUUCCUGGAACAUUUAACUUCAGCUAGACAUAAAUUGAAUGAAGCAACAACAUUAGAUAAACUGACAGGAUGUAUAAGUUUAAAGGAAUGUUUUCCAUGAACUUACUUUACGUUUUUCUAGCCCAGAAAAUAACGAACAUUGACUGGCACUCUAAGCUAAACAAAGCUGCACACCACACAUCUGAUUACAACAGCAUGCAAGUGAUCUUGAGGAGAGGACAGGCUUUCACUAUUACCCUAAACUUCCAAACAACAGUGCAACCUGAGGACAACUUCACAUUUAUUGCAAGCACAGGACUAUCUCCAGCAGAAUCACAGCAGACCAAGGCCAUAUUUCACCUUUCUGAGGAUGCUGCCAGUGGCUGGAGUGCAACCCAAGAGCACUGUGAGCCUGGCCGCAUGAGUCUCAUCAUAGUCAGCCCUGCCAAUGCCAUCAUUGGACGAUACAAACUCAAACUCCAGAUUGCUUCUGGCAACAAGACCUCUUCAGCACUCCUAGGCCAGUUUGUGUUACUCUUCAAUCCUUGGUGUCCAAAUGACGAUGUCUAUAUGGCUAAUGAAAAUGAGCGACAGGAGUAUGUUCUGAAUGACAGCGGAAUCAUAUUUCAGGGAAAGGAAAAAUAUAUUCAGCAGGAAGCUUGGAAUUAUGGACAGUUUGAAGAAGAUAUCCUUGAUAUCUCUCUGUCUAUACUGGAUCGAAGCCUGAACCACCGCCAAGAUCCAUCCACUGAUGUAUCCAACAGGAACGAUCCCAUCUAUGUGUGCAGGGUUAUUAGUGCUAUGGUUAACAGCAAUGAUGAAAAGGGAGUAGUGGAAGGGAAGUGGAGUGGAAACUAUCGCUCAGGAACCAACCCCUUGCACUGGAGUGGAAGUGUGACCAUCCUUCGAAAGUGGUACAGAGGGAGAUACAAACCCGUCCGGUAUGGCCAGUGCUGGGUCUUUGCAGGAGUUAUGUGCACAGUUCUGAGAUCGCUGGGAAUACCUACCCGUGUUAUUACAAACUUUAACUCUGCCCAUGAUAGUAAUAUCAACCUGAGUAUUGACAAAUACAUUGAUGUUUCUGGAAAUACCCUGAACUUGACUGAAGACAGCGUGUGGAAUUUCCAUGUCUGGAACGAGAGCUGGUUUACUAGAAGAGAUCUUGGAUCUUUUUAUGAUGGAUGGCAGGUUCUGGAUGCAACACCCCAGGAAAAAAGCAAAGGCAUCUAUCGAUGUGGCCCAGCUUCCACCAGAGCCAUUAAGGAAGGAGACGUGAACCUGGAUUAUGACAGCUCAUUUGUGUUCGCAGCAGUGAAUGCUGACUGUGUUACUUGGAUUCAGCAUAGCAACAAAAGAAAAGAGAGAAUUUACUCCAAUACCAGGAAGAUUGGAAAAUUUAUUAGCACCAAAGCAGUGGGCACCAACACCCGAGUGGAUAUCACUGAUAAUUACAAAUAUCCAGAAGGAUCCUCCAAAGAAAGGCAGGUGUACAAAAAGGCACUGAAGCUGCUGGCUGUGAGAAACACUGGAAAAAGAAAAAAAGUUACAAAACCCACGAGACGAUUUCCAGUAGCACGGAGACAAAAUAUGAGAGCGACCACACGAAAACCCACUGUCUCAGGGAAGCUGAAGCUGGAUGCAUCUACUGUAAUAGGCCAGGAUAUCCUCCUCACCUUGGCACUGCAGAAUUUGACUGCAGAGUUCAAGACCAUGAAGGUUAAACUGAAGGCUUCAGCUGUUCUCUACACAAGAAAACCGAAGGCAGAGAUCUUGCAGUGGUCUAGGACUGUUCAACUUGGAUCUGAAGAAGUGAAAGAAAUCUCAUUCAAGAUCACCUACUCCCAGUACAAAAAUGCUCUGCUGGAUGACAGGAAGAUCCUAGUGACUGCUGUGUGUGAAGACAGACAGGGAGCAUCACUUCUACUGGAGAAAGAUAUUGUACUUCAGGAUCCUCUUCUCACCAUCGAGGUCCUUGGUCCAACAGUGGUACACAAGGCCACUAACGUGCUGGUCACAUUUACCAACCCGCUGUCUGAAGUGGUGACAGACUGUGUGCUGAGAGCAGAAGGUAGCGGCCUGCUCAAAGAGCAACUCAACAUCAAUGUGGCAAGAAUGGCCCCCAUGGAGACCUCAACAGCUGAGUUUGAGAUUAUUCCCUACAAGAGUGGCAUCAGGCAGCUUCAGGUGGACUUGGCUUGCAUCCGAUUUUCAAACAUCAAGGGAUUUGUGAUGCUUGAUGUGGCUCCUGCCCAGUGA